AUGGCUUUCCUUGAGACUUUUCCACGUCUUUUCAUCUUUUUCUUGAUCUUCGCCCUUUCAACCCCAUCUCACAGCACCCUCUGCCCACCAGACGGCCCCCUCGUCCCCCGCCCCACAACCCUCUACAGCUCGCCCCUCUUCGCCAAGACCUCCUCAUCACUGACCUCAACCCUCAACUCUGCCAUCUCCGGAAAUCUCACAAUCCCCUGGUCCCUCCCCAACGUCUCCUUCUCCAUCGCUGUCGUCUCGCUCUCUGAUCUUUCCCCACAUUCGCCACUCUGGGAAUAUCAUCAUCUAGCCACAAACAACGUAAAUGGCACUAAACAUGUUGAUGGAGAUAGUCAGUAUCUUAUCGGUUCCGUAUCAAAGGUGUUUACGGAUUUGCUACUGUUGAAAAGUGGGUUGAAUAUGGAUGAUCCGGUGACGAAGUAUUUACCUGAGUUGGGGGGUGAGAGUGUGAUUCAGUGGGAGGAUGUUACGUUGGGAGCGCUGGGGGAUCAUCUGAGCGGGAUGCCGGGGACUUACGGAUUCCCUGAGAUCUCCUUCCUCUUUCCCAUCUUCGAAACCCUCGGCUUUCCUCAUCUCCCAAUUGCCGACUUCCCAAACUGCGGCGUCAUUGGCCUUAACGCUGGCUGCACAAAACAACAGCUCCUCGCAAACCUCAAAACUUCUCGUCCAAUCGCAGCCCCUAAUCUCCGACCCUCUUAUUCAUCUUUAGCAUUCACGCUUAUCUCCUACGCCCUCGAAUCCGCAACCGGAAAGAAUUAUUCUCAACUUCUACACGACGAGAUUUUAAGCCCGUUGAAUAUGACAAAUACAGGCAUUUCGCCCGGCAACGGAGAGAAAGCCGUGAUCCCGUCAACGGAUAGUUCUUGGGGAAGUGAUUAUGGGGAUAAUGCACCCGGUGGUGGUCUCUACUCUAGCACGAACGAUCUCAGCAGCUUGCUCGCAUCUAUCUUAUCUCUCUCUGGAUCUCCGAUACUGUCCCGAGCACAGGCUCUCGCGUGUCUGAAGCCGCAAACAACGACGUCGAAACUGAAUACCUUGGUUGGCCGCCCGUGGGAGAUUUUCAGGACGCAGAAGCUCACGCCGAAAUAUCCACAUACCAUCGAUCUCGUCACUAAAGGGGGGACGGCAAUUGGGUAUCAGAGUAUUGUUGCUGUGAUCGAACAGUACGGACUCGGAAUUGUUGUCUUGACAGCAGGCGCACAGGGAGCGGAGGCACAAGAGCCGCUUUUCGAGCACGUCGUGGGAGAGGUGGUGGAAGCUGUGGAGGAGGUUGCUAGAGCUGAAGCUGUUGCAUAUAUUGGGAAGUACCAAAACUCAGACGCAGCCCGCGGAGGGAUGGAAAUCGGUAUCGAUGACGGACCAGGCCUUGUGUUGAAGAAGCUGAGCAGGAACGGCACCGAUAUGCUGGAAAGUAUUAGGACGCUGUUUAAUGGGAUCGGUAUCGGUGGUGUGAAGGUUGGCAAUAUGUCUAGCUCUCAAUUGAGGAUUUAUCCUACGGAUGCAUGGCGGGAGGUUGGGGGGAUCAGGGAAGAGGAUUGGAGGCUGCAGUUUGAUGUCGAGGCUCCGGGGUGGAAGAGCGGGUUGAAGGGGUGGAGUGAGAGGGAACAAAUGUGUACGGCGUGGAUCGCGGGUGGUGCGCUUUAUUAUGGGGGUGAGCCGGUGGAUAGGUUUGUCUUUUCAAGGGAGGCAAAUGGUGGGAAUGUGGUGGGGGCGAAGGUGCCGAGUUUGAGGUUGAAUUUGACGAUAAGUGGUUGA